UAAAUUGCAAUCCCCGUCUCGUCCUCCUUCGCUCCAAACCACAUCCUCCAUACCAUUUCACGUUGGUCAUAUUGCCUUCAAACGUCGCCUUCACGCUCUGGAAACCGCGUCGUAUCGCUCAGACCACCAAGUCCUGUUGUAACGCAUCGCUACAACAUUAACAAUAAGGCCACAUCCCCAGUCUCCCCUACCACUUCGCCACUCACACAACAAUCACCUCCGCUCAUCAAACAACACCUUUGUUGCGUCAACGACAUCGACGCGUCGCGCAACACCAACCACCCCGCAAUCGAACCAUAAUAUCCCAGAACAGCACCCACGCCACAUCCCCCGCUUCGCCGGCCACAAUGUCCACACUCGAAGAUUUGUACGCCCUGGAAGACUCAGUCGAGUGGCUCGACCGCUUGCUCGCCGCACUCCACGACCUCGCACCCGACGCACCUCCCGACCUCCGCGGCGUCGCGCAGCGGAACCUCGUCACCAUAAGCGACCUACACGUCGAGAAAGAGAGCGAGCGGGACCGGGUGGCUGCCGAACUGUACGGCGCCAAUCCGAGCGACCACGAUGGCUACGCCACCGAGCCUGACGUCGAAGAAGAUGGGCGACUCGGCGACGACGAGAGUGGCUAUAGUGGUGACGAUGACAGAGACGGCGGCGGAGACGACGACAAUGGCGACGCGCAAGGUCAGCCUCUGCCCGUUCAUCAGCGUGUCUCGCCGCUGCCCGACCACCGUGCAUACCGCGUCGUGAACCCUCCGCCAACUUUCCUUAAAAACCGAGGUGAGUUCCGCUGAUCCGAUGUUCGGUUUAGAUAAAUACUAACGCCCCCUGGGUAGCUCUCGUUCGCCCAAGUCCUGGACAGCUGCCGCAUGUUUCCGAAUACAGCGGCCUGUCACCCAGAGACGACGAUGUUCAACAAGGGACUUGCACAGUGGUAUCCGCCGCUGUUCAGUUCUCC